AUGAAAGCACUUCGUCUUAUCCUCGAAUAUCCUGGAGGAACACCUAGAUUAGUCUUAGAAGAUGUCCCAAAACCUAUCUUGAGACAAAACCACCUCAUCGUUAAAGUCUAUGCUUCAGCGAUUCAUCCAAGCGAUAUCCUCAAUUCUAAAGGUGGCUUCCCAUAUACCACAUUUCCGCGAAUUCCAGGUCGAGAUUUUUCAGGAAUCGUAGUGGAAGGCCCCUCUGAUAGAAUUGGAGAAGAAGUUUACGGUACUAGUGGUACCACUAUUGCCUUCACCGAGGAUGGUUUCCCGGCUGAAUAUUGUCUCGUUCCCGAAAAUGCUGUCGCACCAAAGCCGAAAAGCCUCUCUUUCAUUCAGGCAGCUUGUGUAGGUGUUCCAUUCACGACUGCAAAUCUCAUGCUUUCGCGCGCGCAUGUGAAGAAAGGGGAGAUUGUAUUGGUCACAGGCGCGAAUGGUGCCGUUGGGUCGGCAAUUGUGCAGUUGGCUAAGAGUAUGGGAUGUCGAGUUUUAUCUGCGACGAGAAGUGAUAAUGAUGAUGUCAAUACUGCUACCGACCCAGAACUCAAAGCUGUUGACAGUUUGACGGAUGGCAAGGGUAUUGAUAUUGUGGCGGAUACUGUAGGUCAACCAUCUUUGGUAAAGGCUGCCAUCAAUAAACUUGCGAGAGGCGGUAGGUUGUCAUUUAUUGCAGCGCCGAGAGGCGGAGCAGAUACAGGGUUGACUAUAGAUAUGUUGAGUUUUUAUAGAGGAGAAAAGUCGCUGGUUGGGUGCAACACAUUGGUAUGUGGUGCGGAGGAGCUCGCGGUUCAAUUAAAAGAAAUGGCGGAGAAAUUCGAAAAGGGGUUAUUAAAGGGUGCAGAAGAGGGGUCAUGGACGGAAAUCAAGUUGGAAAAUGGCGUUGAAGCAUAUGAGAAAGCAUCGGAGAGAAAGGCGGGAAAGUUUGUCAUAGUAAUGAAUUGA